UUCCAAACCUCCAUUGUGGACUAAAACACCAUACUACCCACUUGGAAGCUGUCAAGAAGCAACCAGUAUUUGGUAUGUAAAUGGGGAAGCUGUAAAGUUCAUUCAUAAUAGUUGCCAUAUCCAAUCCUCUAAAAAUUUAGCUUAAUCAAAUGGCCAACAGUAGCAACUCAUCUUUAGCUCUUGUGACUUCUUCAAGAAGAAAUUAUUAUGAUGUGUUUGUCACCUUCAGAGGUGAAGACACUCGCAACAAUUUCACUGAUUAUCUUUUUGAUGCACUUGAAACCAAAGGUAUUUAUGCAUUUAGGGAUGACACAAAUCUUAAAAAAGGUGAAGUCAUAGGACCUGAGCUCCUUCGUGCAAUCGAAGGAUCUCAGGUUUUCGUCGCAGUCUUUUCAAGGAACUAUGCUUCCUCAACAUGGUGCCUGCAAGAAUUAGAAAAGAUCUGUGAAUGUGUUCAGGGACCUGAAAAACACGUUCUUCCUGUUUUUUAUGAUAUUGAUCCUUCUGAGGUGCGGAAGCAAAGUGGGAUUUAUUGUGAAUCUUUUGUCAAACAUGAACAAAGAUUCCAACAAGACCCUCAUAAGGUGUCAAGAUGGAGGGAAGCUUUAAACCAAGUGGGGAGUAUCUCUGGUUGGGAUCUACGUGAUAAGCCACAAGCUGGAGAGAUUAAAAAGAUUGUUCAAAAUAUAAUGAAUAUAUUGGAUUGUAAAUCUUCAUUCAUUUCAAAAGAUUUAGUUGGGAUAAAUUCUCGGAUAGAAGUAUUACAAAAUCAUUUACUUUUGGACUCGGUUGAUGGUGUUUGUGCUAUUGGAAUUUGUGGAAUGGGCGGAAUAGGAAAGACAACCCUUGCUAUGACUUUAUAUGGCCAGAUAUCUCAUCAAUUUAGUGCAUCUUGUUUUAUAGACGAUGUAAGCAAAAUUUAUAGAUUAUAUGAUGGUCCCCUCGAUGCACAAAGGCAAAUCCUACUUCAAACUGUCGGCAUAGAACACCAUCAAAUAUGCAAUCGUUACAGUGCAACUGAUUUGAUACGACGUAGGUUACGUCAUGAAAAGGCCCUUCUGAUUUUUGAUAAUGUGGAUCAAGUUGAACAAUUGGAAAAAAUAGCUGUGCAUCGUGAAUGGUUAGGUGCGGGUAGUAGAAUCGUUAUCAUUUCUAGAGAUGAGCAUAUAUUGAAAGAGUACGGAGUGGAUGUAGUUUACAAAGUUCCACUUAUGAAUAGUACAGAUUCUUACGAGUUAUUUUGUCGAAAAGCUUUCAAAGUUGAGAAAAUUAUUAUGAGUGAUUAUCAAAAUUUGGCAAAUGAGAUACUAGAUUAUGCUAAAGGUCUACCACUAGCAAUUAAAGUAUUGGGCUCAUUUUUGUUUGGUCAUAGUGUGGCUGAAUGGAAGAGUGCAUUGGCUAGAUUGAGAGAAAGUCCGCAUAAUGAUGUCAUGGAUGUGCUGCACUUAAGUUUUGAUGGGUUAGAUGAAAAGGAAAAAGAAAUAUUUCUUGAUAUUGCUUGUUUUUUCAACUCUCAGCCCGAGAAAUAUGUUAAAAACGUUCUAAAUUGUUGUGGAUUUCAUGCUGAUAUUGGAUUAGGAGUUCUCAUUGAUAAAUCACUUAUAAGCAUUGAGGAUGCAAAUAUUAAAAUGCAUUCUUUGUUGGAAGAGCUAGGCAGAAAAAUUGUGCAAGAAAAUUCAAGCAAAGAGCAAAGAAAGUGGAGCAGGAUCUGGUCCAAAAAACAACUCUACAACGUUAUGAUGGAGAAUAUGGAAGAGCAUGUUGAAGCCAUAUUUUUGAAUGAUGAUGGGAUUGAUAUGAACGUUGAACACUUUUCAAAAAUGAGUAAUCUUAGAUUGCUCAUCAUCUACAACAAUUCGGCAUGGAAUUAUACAACCUAUAAAAGACCUUGCUUUCAUGGAAAACUGAGUUGUCUUUCAAACAAAUUAAGGUAUUUUGACUGGGAGCAUUAUCCUUUCUGGGAAUUGCCAUUAAGUUUUCACCCUAAUGAACUUGUUGAAUUGAUCUUGAAGAAUAGCAGCUUCAAACAACUAUGGAAAAGCAAGAAGUAUUUUCCCAAUUUGAAAGCAUUGGAUCUAAGUGACUCCAAAAUAGAAAAGAUAAUAGAUUUUGGAGAGUUCCCGAAUCUUGAGUCGUUAAAUUUGGAAAGAUGUGAAAAACUUGUGGAGUUGGAUUCAUCGAUUGGACUUCUAAGAAAGCUUGUUUACUUGAAUUUGGACUAUUGCAUAAAUUUAGUAAGCAUACCCAACAGCAUAUUCUGUCUUAGCUCUCUUGAAGAUCUAUAUAUGUGUGGCUGUUCCAAAGUGUUUAACAAUUCAAGGAAUUUGAUCGAGAAGAAGCAUGAUAUAAAUGAAAGUUUCCACAAAUGGAUCAUUUUGCCCACUCCCACGAGAAACACAUAUUGCUUGCCAUCAUUGCAUAGCUUAUAUUGUUUGCGUCAAGUUGAUAUUAGCUUUUGCCAUCUAAACCAAGUUCCUGAUGCAAUUGAAGGUUUACAUUCGCUAGAAAGAUUAUAUUUAGCGGGAAACUAUUUUGUGACACUACCUAGCUUGAGGAAGCUUUCCAAACUUGAAUAUUUAGAUUUGCAGCAUUGCAAGUUGUUGGAAUCUUUGCCUCAACUUCCUUUUCCUACCACUACUGAACAAGAUUGGUGGAUUCGUUCACAGGAUUUUUCGGGAUAUAGGCGGACUAAUCACGGUCCUGCUUUAAUAGGAUUGUUCAUUUUCAACUGUCCAAAAUUGGUUGAGAGGGAACGUUGCAGUAGCAUCACAAUUUCAUGGAUGGCACAUUUCAUUCAGGCAAACCAACAACCCAACAAAUUGUCGGCGCUUCAAAUUGUAACUCCAGGAAGUGAAAUACCAAGUUGGAUCAACAAUCAGAGCGUGGGUGCUUCAAUAUCAAUUGAUGAAUCUCCUGUUAUAAAUGACAAUAACAAUAAUAUUAUUGGCUUUGUAAGUUGUGUAUUAAUUUCCAUGGCACCUCAAGAUACAACAAUGAUGCAUUGUUUUCCACUCUCCAUCUAUAUGAAAAUGGGUGCUAAGCGAAACCGUAGAAAGCUUCCAGUGAUUAUCGUAAGAGAUCUUAUUACAACCAAAUCAAGUCACCUAUGGCUAGUCUACUUCCCCCGAGAGUCCUAUGAUGUUUAUGGAACUCUCCGUGCGAAAUGUUAUCAGGGUGAAGUUGUGGGUUUUGAGGUGAAAAGUUGCGGGUAUCGUUGGGUAUGUAAACAAGACCUACAAAAGUUCAACUUCACAAUGAUGAAUCAUGAAAAUUCCUUGGCUCAGAAGUGUAAGAUUAUGGCAAUUGAAGGCGAGACACAACCACAACCAGAACAAGAAUCAUUCAUCUCACAAGUCAUAACUACUUCGAAGAAAGAAGAAACAACAGAUGGAUCACAAGAAGGUCAAGAAGAGUUUCAACCUAACACGUUUGGAUUUUUAAAAAAUAAAUCUCAAACCUCUACAGUUGAAGUGGCUGAUGAAAGUGUAACAGAAAAUGUAGUUGAUCAAAUUGUUGCCGAAUAUGAACAACAAUCACAUAUCGAUAAUGGAAAGGAAGAUGAUUCCGCUGCAACACAGACAGACAGUGAUGCAGUUGAGCCUUGCCAUGUUAUCACAGAAUCAGAAGAUGACAAUGUUGAAGAUGUUCUAGAUAACAAUGAGAUUGAUGCUAGUUUGGCCGGACAAAGUGGUGAUUCAUCUCCUGAGGGCAGCAUGAAUAAAGUAGAUGUAACUGAAGAAGUGCAAGAAGAACAAACACCUGUCGCAGCACAUGUUGAAGAGGUUGCAAUUGCAUCUGAGACAAACAGCAUAUCUAAUUCUACUGAAGAAACAGAAGGCUCGAGUAAAGGUUUUAAUUUCAGUCGCCCGAUGAUCAUCUUGUUUUUGUCCCUACCUGUGUUGAAAUUAUUAGGGAUGUGGGUACGAAGGUGAAGAGCUGCGGGUAUAGUUGGGUAUGUAAACAAGACCUACAAAAGUUCAACUUAACAAUGAUGAAUCACGAAAAUUCCUUGGCUCAGAAGUGCAAGAUUUUGGAAAUUGAAGAAUAGUGAUAGCGUAGCACAUAAGAGAAGAAAAAACACAUGGAUUACAAGAAGGUCAUCAUGAAGAGUCUAAAAAAAAUGGACAAGAGGAGAGGCAUCGACAUGAUUUACAUCUCUAAGACUAAAGCUAUUUCAAAAGAAUCUUGUUAACAAUAUAAUCAUUUUGUUUUUUUACCUGUUUUAGUUGUAAUGUUCACCUAAGACUGAUACAAUUUCUGCUCUAUUUUUUAAAUGACACAAUUGGGUUGAGUAUCAGGUUCUUUUUUAAUUUUGAAAGCAACUAGUACAUCAGAUGCUAUGACAUAUUUAUAUUGAACUUGGAUAAUUGGAUUGAAAACUUAUUCUUUGUUA